AUGGAACAGGUAUCCAGAUCCCACAUGAAUGAUGCUGUCUUUCUUGAAGGAGCUGUAGCCAGAUACAAGGGUUUUCUGCAUUUGAUCCAGAGGAAUUGGGAAAAAUCUGCGAGAUGUUUGUGUGUUCCAACCUAUGACAUCGACCUCAUCUGGCACUCUCAACAAUUGCAGCCUGUUUCUUACUGCAAAGAUCUAGAGGCAACUUUGGGAAAUAUAUUAGAGCAUGAUGACACAGAUUCUGAUGGAACCAAGGGUACCAAGCUGGACGAUGGGUUUAUCGAAACCACCAAACAGUGGGAAGACACAUUUGGAUCAAGGUAUUGGAUGGCAGGAUCAAUGUACAGAGGCAAUGCCCCAUCUCCACUCGCAAUCAACUUGUCUCAAUUCGGUAAUCUGAAGGAAAAGAUAGCUCUAUCCAAUGAAAACCAAGACAUUAUCCAACUUCGCAGGAAAAUAAUUGUGGAGAUUAUGCUAGAGAUUGUGGGAGUCAAAGAUCUACCUCACGGACAUAAAGGAAGCCUCUUUGUCACAAUUAGCAAGAAAAAACGAGAAACAUUUUUAAACAUGAAAAGAAGCUUAAGCAUUUUGUCUGACACCAGGGAGAAACAAGUAGCUGUUUUCCAAUGUGUACCCAGAGGGCAUCUCGUCCUCGAACUAAUGUCAUCUACACCUUCUAGGCCAGCCAUAACUAGACCUGUUAGAAAAUUGGGAACUGCUUCAAUCACUCUGAAGGACCUAGUAAACUCAGAUUCUCAACUUUCCUCAGAAAAAUGGUUUGAUCUGCUGUCAAAUUCUGUUCCGGCUGAUUCCAAACCUGUUAGCCUACGAAUCGCUUUCUCUUUCACUCCUCCAAUCCCAGCACCCUACAUGCUGCACAUGGUUCAAACGCGUCCAUUCUCUAAUUCAUGCUUCCCUCUUGUCCCUGCAACGUAUCAGCAUUUCAAAAGUUCUUCCUUCAGGGAUGAGGCUGAUCAUGAUGUAAUCAGCAUGCAGAUUAGGGAUUCUUUGAAAGAAGAGGCAAGAAACAAUUGCCAGUCCAGAAAGGAAGCGAUUGGUGUGACCCCAUUUGGUGAAACACAUGUGCUUCCAGAGUCUGCUGGAACAGGAUGGUUUUUGAUGAACUCCCAUUGGUGGUCUCAUGUUCAAAGAAAUUUAAUGAAAAUGGCCAUGCAUUUGGGUUUAAAGGAAACCGAAAGAAGGCGAUGGCUUUGGAAAUACCCAAGGCAUUAUGCUAGAAUUAUCAAAUCUCAGGUGAUUGUUUUUCGAGGAAGAAAACUAGGGUAUGAAAUUAACGACGGCAAGAAGCAGAAAAAUGAACAGCAUUUCAUGACAGCUGUAGAGUUCUCUAUGGAAGAUCCUUAUGGAAAAGCGGUAGCUUUGCUCAACUUUAAGUCUGGCAUUAUAGGGGUAUAUCAGCAACUUGGGCUGAAACAAGCUUCAAUUCUCAAUCAUAUAAUUUCCCUUAAUUAUCACUGA